GUGAAGGAGAGACCACCGUCCCGCCUACCUGUGAAAGACCUCUCUGAAGAAACACCAGUUGCUGUGGAAACCCAACCAUGCAUUGUGGAGAACUGUUUUUGCUGCUCUGUGUUUUCGCUGUUAGAAGUGCCUCAAGAAAUUGCAUCAAACGCACGCAAAUUCACACGCUAGAAGGAGAGCCUUUUUAUCUGAAGCACUGCGGCAUAGCUUCAUCUGUGCACAAGAACGAAACAGCCGCCAUAAGAUGGUUCCGAGUCCAUGCUUCCCAUGAAUAUGUAGAGCUGAACACUGAAAGUUCACCCAGAAUUACUUUGCAAAGUCACUAUUUGGAGUUCUGGCCAGUGGAGCUGGAAGACAAUGGAACAUACUUUUCCCAAGUGGGAAAUGAUCGUCAAAAUUGGAGCCUAACUGUCAUUAAAAGAAAUGAACACAGCUGCUUUUCUGAAGAACUUGUGAUAAACAAAAACGUGGAAGUCAAGAAAUCUUUGCGUAUACAAUGUGAAAAUCCUAACUACGAUGAACUGAUCAACGACACUUCAUUGUAUAAGAACUGUAAGGAAAUAGUCAAUCACCCAGUGAUCAAGGAUGCUGAGUUUGAAGAUGAGGGUUAUUACUCUUGCGUGCUUUCUGUCCACCAUAAUGGGAAACAGUACAACAUCACCAAGACCUUCAAUAUAACCGUAAUCGAAGGGAACAGCAAAAUCACUCCAGCUAUUUUGGGACAAAAGUUUGACACUGUUGAAGUAGAUCUAGGAGAAGAGGUGGAACUUAACUGCACCGCUUUACUGAAUAAAAAUGACCUGUUUUAUUGGAGCAUCAGGAAAGAAGACCGGUCAAACCCUAAUGUGCAUGAAGACACGAACAUGACCACCUGGACUUCUGAGGGCAAACUGCAUGCCUUUAAAAAACUUAGAAUUCGGAAUGUUGCUGAAACGAAUCUCAACGUUUUAUACAAUUGCACGGUGACCAACGAGGAAGCCACAGACACAAAAAGCUUCAUGUUGGUGAGAAAAGAAAUGGCUGAUAUCCCGGGCCAUGUCUUUAUGAGAGGAAUCAUCGUGGCAGUGUUCAUCUCUGUGGCAGUAGUGUGUGUGGUGAUUUUGUGUGUCAUUUAUAAAGUUGACUUGGUUCUGUUCUAUAGACGCUUGGCGGAAAGAGAUGAGACAUUAACAGAUGGCAAAACAUACGAUGCCUUUGUGUCUUAUCUGAAAGAGUGUCAGCCUGAGAAUGGAGAAGAACACACUUUCGCUGUGGAGACGCUACCUGGGGUCCUGGAGAAGCAAUUUGGGUAUAAGCUGUGCAUAUUUGAAAGAGAUGUGGUACCUGGUGGAGCUGUUGUUGAUGAGAUCCAGUCACUGAUAGAGAAGAGCCGGAGGCUAAUCAUCGUCCUCAGCAAAAGUUACCUGGCCAAUGAAACCAGGCUUGAACUGGAGAGCGGACUCCACGAAGCACUAGUGGAGAGGAAGAUUAAGAUAAUCUUAAUCGAAUUUACUCCAGCCGGCAGCUUCACAUUUCUGCCCCCGUCCCUGAAGCUCCUGAAGCCCUGCAGGGUUCUGAAAUGGCAGGCUGACAAAUCCCUUCCUUACAACUCGAGGUUCUGGAAGAAUCUUCUUUACCUGAUGCCUGCAAAGGCCAUCAAGCCGUGGAUAGAUGAAUCCGAAGCUUUGCCCGUUCUUUCAACACCUUGAUCUUCAGCAAGGCUCCGUGUCAGAAGGAACAGAAAAGCCCUGCUGGAGGCUGUGCGUGUGCCUAAUCACAGCAGGGGCUGUCGUUCAAAAUACCAAAUUCUGUGAUCAUCCCCUUCCACUCCCAGUUAGAAGACAAGAUUUGUCAUUGGGUUGUCAUAGAGGAAACAGAGCCGGAACUCCUAGGAGACCUUGGGACUCACAAGAAAUCAGUCUGUUAUUCUUUCUUUCCCUUAGAGCAGUGGUUCUCAACCUGUGGGUUCGGAACCCUUUAGCAAACCUCUAUGUUCAAAUAUGUUUACAUUAUGAUUCGUAACAGUGGCAAAACGAGAGUUACGAAGUAGCAUCGAAAAUAAUGAUAUGGUUGGAAGUCACCACAAGAUGAGGAACUGCAUUAAAGGGUUGCAGCUUUGGGAAGGUUGAGAACCACGGCCCUAGAGUUAUCUGUACUCUAACCCCCACAUUCGGCAAGGGGGUGACGAGACACACAAACUGACUGAUGCCCCACAACAAGUUUUUAUUACCUCUAAGGGGUACUUAGUUCUCCACCAGGCUUGGGAGGUGGAAGGAGUAGGUGGAAGAGCUGUGUGUGGCGCAGGGAAACAAGGUGAGGGAAGGCC